GGAGUGUGUGUGAGUGUGUGUCCAGGCUCGGUUUGAGGAUCCCCCCCUGACCAGCCCGCCGAAGAGGGUCUCUUUUUUUCCCGUUUUUCUCCGAGCGCUUGCAUGAUCUCAGGUCACGAGCCCGAAGCGCGUGCAUGAGAAAAGCUCGCUCAUAUCCUUUAACGGACUCUUUAAGCCUCUGACAGCCCCUCGCGGCGCACGGGAGCGCGCGCUCCAAACUGCUCUGUUGGGUCUUUCUUCCUGCGCGCUCCGUGCACGAGGAUCUUUCGCUCCGCUCCACGCGCUCCCCUCGUCUCGUAUGAAUCUCCUCGACCCGUACGUGAAGAUGGCCGACGAGCGGGACAAGGGUCUCCGCGACGCCCCCAGCCCGAGCGGGGACUCCGACGACUCCGGCGCCGCGUCGCCGUGUCCGUCCGCCUCCGGCUCGGACACGGAGAACACGCGGCCUGCCGAGAACCAGGACGACUUCAAGAAGGACGACGAGGACAAGUUCCCCGUUUGCAUCCGCGACGCCGUGUCGCAGGUGCUUAAAGGCUACGACUGGACGCUCGUGCCCAUGCCCGUGCGCGUGAACGGCUCCAGCAAAAGCAAGCCGCACGUGAAGAGGCCCAUGAACGCGUUUAUGGUUUGGGCGCAGGCGGCGCGGAGGAAGCUCGCGGACCAGUAUCCCCACCUGCACAACGCAGAGCUCAGCAAGACCCUGGGCAAGCUGUGGCGGUUGCUGAACGAAGGUGAGAAGCGUCCGUUUGUGGAGGAGGCCGAGCGCUUGAGGGUGCAGCACAAGAAGGACCACCCUGACUACAAGUACCAGCCCAGACGGAGAAAGUCGGUGAAGAAUGGGCAGGCGGAGGCGGACGAGGGCGAACAGACCCACAUCUCGCCCAACGCCAUCUUCAAAGCCCUGCAGCAAGCCGACUCCCCGGCCUCCAGCAUGGGCGACGUGCACUCCCCGUCAGACCAUUCAGGCCAGUCCCAGGGUCCUCCAACCCCCCCCACGACCCCCAAAACAGACCUGCCAGGUGGCAAGCCAGAUCUGAAGCGCGAAGGCCGCCCCCUGCAGGAGGGAGCCGGCCGGCAGCUCAACAUCGACUUCCGGGACGUGGACAUCGGCGAGCUGAGCAGCGACGUCAUCUCCAACAUUGAGACCUUUGACGUAACAGAGUUCGACCAGUACCUGCCGCCUCAUGGCCACCCGGGGGUUCCCUCUAAUGCCCAGGCUUAUUCCACUGGCUACGGCCUGACCGGCUCCACCAGCUGGAUGUCCAAACAGCAGCAGCAGCAGCCACAGCAACAGCAGCAGCACUCCCUGACCCCGCUGACCCCAGCAGAUCAAAGCCAGGCCCAGCAGCGCUCCCCGCAGAUCAAGACGGAGCAGCUGAGCCCCAGCCACUACAGUGAACAAGGCCAGGGCUCCCCCCAGCACGUUGCCUAUGGUUCCUUCAACCUGCAGCACUACAGCACCUCGUCCUAUCCGUCGGUGGCCCGCACCCAGUAUGACUACACUGACCACCAUGGCGGCUCCUACUACAGCCACGCCGCUGGCCAGGGCUCCGGCCUCUACUCCACCUUCAGCUACAUGAGUCCAGGCCAGAGGCCCAUGUAUACCCCAAUCGCCGACACAGCCGGGGUACCGUCGGUGCCUCAGACCCACAGUCCCCAGCACUGGGAGCAACCCGUCUAUACCCAGCUGUCCCGGCCUUAAGAGAAAGAUAAACAGUGGCAACAGCACAGACUGAACAGUGAUCACCGCCCUUAUCCAGAGACUGCUAUCCAGAGGCCUUUAAGCGCCUUCCUUCCACUCCCUGCACAAGCCAACAGAGAAAAACAAGCAGGACUUCUUUUUUUUUGUUGUUGUUAUUUUAGUACUGAAAAUAUCGGAAAUGGCUCCCGACAGUGCCUUUUUUUAAAACAAUGCUCCGAGUUGCGAUUAUAUUUUUCUAGUUAUAAUGAAAAAGAAAAACUCGCUUGAAAGAGAGGAUUCCUCUGUGAGGACAUAUUCGUUAUAAAUAUUUUAGUAUGUACUGUGUAUGUAUCUCUGUUUUUUUGUCGUUUUCAGGUUGAGGAUACGAGAGCCGUACAGAGAGGGCACAGCAGUGUAUUUUUGUAAAGAGAAUUAAAACACAGCCUUUAUCUUUGCUCUGUACAUAUCUUACUGCUUGUCUUCGAAUCGGGCCGAGCCGUGCGAAGCGGUUUAUGGAAAUCUUAUUUCAUUUCUCCUGUCAGUGAAGCAGCAGCCACAAAGCUCAAUAGAAAGAAAUGACGUCUUUCCUUCUGUCUGCGGUUGUCGUUUUGGAAGUGCCAUCUUUUUUAGCGCAGAUUAAGCGUCCUGCCUUUGUGCCAUCAGUGCCUGGUCAGCCAGCGUAGAGAUCCGUAGUGCCUCAACAGCCGUCCCUCACCUCCCUCUCUCCCUCUCUCCCUCUCUCUCCGUCCCAGCAGGGAGAGAAAGUGCCCCUCGAUCAGAGACGAGACUCCUCAGCCGCUCCCUGUCGCUCAGAUAUCUCAUUCCUCCGCCCCUGUCGAGUCUUAACCUCUUUAAUUUAUUCAUUAGUAUUAAUAUUAUUUUGAUAAGUAAUUACUAUGUUGCAUUUUAUCAUUUACUUCACCUUUUUAAGACUAAUUUGAGCUGAAUUGUUUUUUUUUUCCUUUUUUUUCUUCCCCCUCCUCUGGAGAUCACAGUCUAGUUGAGGUACAAACUUUAACCAUCUUGGUUUAUUUAUCAUUUGUAAAUGUUUCCAUUUGUUUUUUAUGUGUUUUUGAUGAUCUAGUUGUGUACAGAUUUCUUAUAAUUGUGAUAAAACUUGAUCAAAUUUGACAAACAAACAACUGGAAGUUUUUUUUUUCUCCCAUUUAAUUCUAACAAAGAUGAAUAAAUGGAUUACUGGAGGCCGUGGCCACAUUGUAAAGAUGUUCUUCUUUAUUGAAUCACCAGCAUUUGUUAUGUUUUGUUCCUUAUUCAUUAUUUCAUAUCUUGGCUCUCAUCAACAUCCUUUAAUGCAAAUGAAUCUUUGUAAAACACAUCAUUGUCUUAAAAGAAGCUUAUCUUUUGUAUCAUACUGUUUGCAAUAAAAGAAAAAAAAGAUACAGAAAAUACA